UCUCAAGACUGACGAAAUGCACUCGAAGUCCCCUUUACCAGCUGACCCAUCGAUCGGGGACCAGACCAGACGAGACCACCAAGAGUUGCAAGCCAUGGCUGCUGUCGCACUUGCAUCGUCCUCGUCCUCCUCCUCGCAACUCCUCCUCGUCCUACUUCUCACUUCUUCCCGAUUCUCGAUCCUUGCGUUUGUCACUCUCUCUCCACCGAGCUCUUCAUUCCUGCCUCUCGAUUCUUCUUCCUCUUUCCACACCCUUCCUACCUCUGAAUUGUCCUUUUUGGAGCGACUCCUACCGUGGCUGCAUGCUCGGGCCAGAAGAACCACACGCGACCAGGCGAUUUCGUGUUUGUGCCGCUUCUUCCUGAUGAUUCCAUGUGUGUGUAUGUGUGGAUAUUGACUUGUUGUCCGGACAGAAUCUACUGAUCGCAUAGUGUGUUUAUCAGCUAAGAAGGGGACUACUGCGAAUAGCGACAGCUCAACCGUAUGUUAGCUCAUUUGUGGUUAUCCAUGGUCUAAAUCGCCGUGCACGUGAGAAUCGAUCUGGGAAGUAAUUUUUGGAAUGAGUUCGAGUGAAAUUAGUAAUUAGUUCCUCCCGAGUAGUAUCGUGCCGCUCAUCGUCAUAUCCUGAUCCCUGGAUGCUAUCGUCACAAGCAUAAGCACCUCGAGAAUGCGAUAGUCGCGCAUAGACGCACAUCAGGAAGUGUACAGUGAGCCAAGUAUUCAGCAUUUAUGUUCCGACUGAGUGUUCUCCUGUAAGAGCCCUUUCCAUGUGGAGGUGUUACGAUAUUGGCAUCGCAAUGCAGCUUCAGACCGAGAUGAAAGCUGGGAAAAAAUGAUUACAUUAGUUGGCUUGGCUUCCUUUUGAUGUGAAAUCAUGUCUCGAAAUCUGCAGCACACGGGCUGAGAAGCAGCUUUAACUAAUCAUUGAACCUCUGCUGCAGAACCAUGAUCGAGACUUCAGUACGUCAAAAUCCUGCUCAGCAUGAAGUUGUGGACGUCGUGAACGCUACCACCAAUGGAGGAUUCCUCCAAAACCAAGUUGGGACGUCAAGAAUUAGUAUCGGCCAAAUGUAAGGCCCAGCAUGCAGAUACAAUUAGACGAAGAACUGAGCAUUUUGCCGCGGUUGGAAGAAAGCACGAAUUCUCCAUUGACUCUUUAGACAAGGAAAUUAUUCAGACCAUGUCCAGGGGGUGCAAGACCUUCCAGGGAAGUUUUCCGAAUGAUUCAGCAGGCGCAUCAUUGGGCAGAGACAUUGACAAUGCUCAAGUGAAAGCCGUUUGCUCCCCGAAGCCACCACAUCCUGAGCCAGUCCGUUAUGGUUAUGCUAGCCCUGAAUACAAGCAGCAUCAAUACUCCGAGAUUUACAAUGGGACACAUUCAAAUGAAUCAACUUCGAAUAAUUCCCAGAAACUCAGUAAACAGCACCACAAUGGCAAUGGGCAGUCGCAUGUUGGGCCAUUGUCUGUGUGGCUGGAAGCAGGUGCUCGGUCAAAUGGUCACAAACAUCAGGUUUCUGGACAGGAUGUCAAUCGAAAUAAUCAGCAUCAAGGCCCAGGUCAUUGCCAUCAUUCAGAGGCAACUUCACAUCGCCCCGGAGGAAACAAAGAGAUGCAUGUGACCCAGUUAAAAGAUGGACCACGUCGGUAUGUCCAAUUUGAAGAUAGCAAGCUGGAUGAUGCGCUAUCGUCUGAUAGCAGUGAAGAUGUGGGAGAGGAGACCAGGAGAAAGCAAGCAAGCGAUGGUCAUCAAUCGAGCAGCACGGGUGGUCAUUAUCAGCAGAGACCGGCAAUGCAAUCCAAGGUUCCCAAAGCACCUCCAUCAAAGUGGGAUGAUGCUGAUAAGUGGAUUGCGAGCCCAUGUCACAGCGAAGCAGCAAUUACACAUAGCGCUCGUUCUAAUCAAGGCUUGGGACCAGGCACAUUGUCACAACCUGGAAAACGUGUUACAAUCGCAAGUCAAGGCCCAGGAGGACGUCAUGGAUUUGGCAGCCCCGAUCUUGCCCCAUCAAGCGAAGCGUCUUCAACGUCAGUCUCACAAAAAACCAACGAGAUCACAGGCGGAGUUAAUGUUAAGGACCAUAUUCAGCAACUAGAGAGUCUCAUUCAAAAUUCUCUGUCGAGUGGCUCCUCCUUCAGUGACCAUGCUAAAAGACGUGAUGCUUCACAUGCAGUUGUAAAACGUACAGAGCUGGAGUCGUCACCUAAUUUUAGUGUGAAUUCGGACGAAAAACUGGGAGAUAAACCAAAAACCUCCUCCAUGCAUGUCCAACGGGCGCUGGUCAGUAGACUGGAUGGUUCGUCAUCUCCAACUAAAUUGGCUAUGAAGCCACAAGCAUCGCAGAUGCCAGUAUCCGUCAACCUUCCAGAGAGUCAAGUACCUGCAGAAACGUCUACUAAUGCCCCCAUCAAAGACAUCUUUUCCAAUGGUGCGCACUCCAGGUCGGUUUCAGAUUCGGCGGAUGCUAUCUCUAUGAGGGAGUCCGGAACUGACGCCGCACAGCCCUCUACAGUGUACAGAGACACGGGGACACAAAUGACUCCCAAUCCCAGUGUCCGACUCUCCAGAGGUGCAGCUCCAGGAAUUUUUAUCUCGCCCAGCAGACAUAACACUCCUGACCGCUGGAACUGCAGAACCGCAUCUGUGGGAGCAUCUUCGACUGUGGACAUGCUCGACCUUCAGAGUUUCCACAUUGAAAAACUAAGGGAUCACACUCAAGGUCCCCAACUACAUGCCUCUCUUUACAGAAACUUAAAUUGGAGUACUAGAGAAGAAGAGGACGAGGACAGUGCAACAUGCUUAAGACCCCAUGAUUGUGUGGAGGGACAGGCAAGUGCGUUGGUAGCCUGGGCCGCAGCUUGGGAGGAAGCUGAGCGUGCAAAAUAUACAGCGAGAUUCCAUCAGGAGGAAGCUAGGAUUCAGGCCUGGGAGGAGCUCCAAAAAGCCAAGGCACAAACGCAAAUGAGGAAGAUGGAGAUAAAACUAGAGAAACUGCACGAGAAUGCAAGCCAGAAGAUGUCAAUUAAGAUUGAUGUUGCUAAUCGAAAAGCUCAAGAAAUGAGAGCUGCUGCUAAGGCCUUACAUGAUGAGCUUACUGCCAAAGCCAGGCACCGAGCUGAAUACAUUCUGCACACGGGCAAUGUUCCUACUACUCUUGGCUGCUUCGCAUCACGCUUUAUACAACAAUAUCAAUGAUUUUUACGAGGGUUUUUGCAAAUUUCCAUCCAGGGCUUGUGGACAAAGGCCGUGUAUUUGACGCUUAUAAUUUAUGAAGACUCCUCCAACUACUUCGUGAU